AUGGUUGCUGGGAUUGCGAUGGAUAGUGUCCUGAAGACUGAGAGAUCGGGGGAGUUUGGAUCUAUCUCACUGUGGGGAGUUGUGGGUUAUGAAGGUGUUUUGAAAUAUUUACCUCACAAGUUUGGAAAAUUUGAUGUUGUGGCGUCUGGUUGUUGUGCGCAACUUGCGUGUUUCCUGUUGUGGGGACGUCUGUCCAGUCUUCUGGGAGGAACAGAUGUUGUUUUGGGAUUGCAUAUAGAAGACAAUAGACACGGCGUCAUCCUGUAA